CGCCGGAGGUUGCGCGUCGUCAUGUCGUAGCCCCUUUCGCCGACCGUCCGACUCAGUGCGUUCUCUCACCCUCCAAAAAUGCAGGCUCCAACCCCACGCGCCAGUUGCACGGCACUCCUCCACCAUGUGUUCGCAUACUCCGCCCAGUAGGAUUAUCAGUGCUCCAGUUUUCGCUCUGACCAAAAAGGUGGUGGGCAUGCGGCCUAGGUAGGCUGGGGCGGCAUGGCCGGGGAGUCGACCGCUGGCAAGCCCCCAGAGCCGCCAACCAGCAAGGAAAAGCUCCUCUUCUACACGACCGGGUUCUUCAUCCUCCUCGGGAUCUUCAGCCUCUUCGGCUUCCUCUUCCUCGUGCCUUUCGUCAUCGAGCCCGCCUUCACGACCAUCUUCGCCGCCUUCGACGUCACGCCGGCCAUGUGCGUGACCCGCCACGUGGAGCGCAUGCGCGGCGUCUCCAACUGCUCCUGGACCUCCUGCCGCGAGGGCUGCACCCGCGAGGUCUACGAGUGCACCCAGAUCCGCGUCAACUACAAGAUCACAAAGCCUUCGCCCACACCCCCACCCCCGACCGCCACCCCCACCACUCCCGAAAGUGCCUUCGACAACAACUUCCUGGACCGGCGUCGGCGGCGGCGUCGCCGCUUGCUGAGCAUGCAGGACUACGACUACUCGGACAUCCUCGGCCACGAGCUCCCGGCGCCGGACCCCGACGAGGAGACCCCGCCCACGACGACGGACGUGGCCGACCCCAGCGACUCCGAGUGGUUCUUCGUCGGCGCCAAGCUCUUCCCCAACGUCAAGGGCUGCGGCUACCCGCCCAUGCUCAACUGCACCGUGUUCCUCAAGAACUACUCGCAGCUGGGCACCAACUUCUCCUGCUUCUACAGCACGGUCGACCCGGGGAUCGUCAUCACCCAACUGGACAUGCUCCAGGUCUACCGGCACCUCCUCUACGCCCUCGCCAUCCCCAUCCCCUCCUUCAUCGCCUCCGUCGUCUACCUCACUCUCGCCUACCUGUACAUAUAUAGUGAGGACUCGGCGCCGCCUCCGCGACCCCCGCGGAAGAGGCCUGUUGUCGAGGCCUCCCCGCUCGCCCCCCUCUCGCUCAACCCCGCCGCCUCCGCUUCGGGCUCUGCCUCCCUGGACCCCCCUCCGACGACCGGUGCCUUAACGCCAGCUAGCGAAGUAUUCAGAGACGACAUGGCUAGCUUCGGCCACCAGCUCAAAGUUGCCAUGGCUGACGACUUCCUCAGCAGGGACAGCCUCGGCUCCAUCACUUUCGUCAACUCGUCCUCCCUGAACGGAGACGAUGUGGAUAGCUUUGGGCGCCAACUAAAAGCGGCGAUGACUGAAGACUUCCUAAGCAAAGAAAGCCUAGGAUCGCUAUCGUUCCUCAACUCAUCCUCUGUCAAUGGAAACUUGAACAAGAUGAUGACGACGUGUAUCUUAACUCCUCCUGGGCCGAUAGCGGAGCUCUGAAGAAGUCCUUCCACGGGCUAAGCAAUGUCUCGUGGAAACCGAAAUAAGGCUGCUUGGUGCUGCCUAGUUGCUUCAAGCGACUCCCUCUUCAUCGUAGCGUGGCUUAAUUUUUUACCGCUUGCUCAAGCGACCCCGGUCGACUAUUCCGGCAGAAGAACCAAAGCAAAAACAGGGCCCUCUCGGCUCAUAAGCAAACAUCUUGCAUCAUAUUAGUCAAGUCGGGCGUGAGCAGUGCUUUUACGAGCAGCUGAAUGUUUCGCCAUCUCCCCGUAGUUCGAAUUUGAAAAUGGACAAGAUCAGUGGCGUGGCGUGCUUUGCGAUCUAUCGACAAAUCUCCAAUUUAAAGCGAUGGAAAAGGAUCGAUAAACAGGGUGUUCGCAACCUUAAUAAUUGAUCGUUUAGCAUAGCUUCAAAUGGGAGAAAUGUCGAAAAUCGAUCAUUCACGCCUCGCCAAUGGACGAGAUAAACCCGCGAGGGGGAACAAAAGUUGGAUUUUGGACAACAUCCCUGUCGGAUGGUGAUAAUUUAAAUGAAUCAUUUCCGUUCCGUUAACUGUUUUUUCACGGUCAAAUUAUGCGCCGUCGUUUGUAUGAUGGUUUCAUGAGUGCCAAUCGCAGAUAAUUAAAUGAGGUACUCUGAGAAAUAGCCUGAUUUAGAAGAUUUACAAUUUUGUGCAUACUUUUGAGAAGGAUCUUUCGAGUUUCCAAACUUUUGAAUACAAAUAUUUAAUAAAUAAAAAAUGUUCGUGACUUUUUUUCUUGGAUAAUUAGUCCUGAUAACGUUUCAUAAUCUAAAGUUCGCAUGAAUGGAGAUUUUAACUUUUAGAUACAUUAUCAUUCAAGCGCUAGAAAUCAUUAUUUUAGCCCUAAAAUAAUUUUCACUGACACGUUCAAAGCAUUAUUCUGUAAAAACUUAGAACAUUUUUUUAAAUCUAAACUAAGAGAGAUUUUUCCAGGCAGUAGACAAUAUCUCUAUUUUGAAUUUUAUCCUUCAACUCCUAUUGCAGCACUAUCAACGAUAUUGCUUUUUGAAUAUUUGUUGAUGAUUUUAAAAAUAGUUCAAGUCAAGGAGGCCCAUGGAUCAUCAUUACCCAUGCGAGAUAAAAUAUUCCUGAAAGAAAGUCAUUUAAAUGGCAGAUUGCCUUUAUUUUGUCCAAUGUGCUAUAUUUGUUGCUCCUCGGUAAGUGUUCUUUGUUCUUUUUCAAAUUUCGUGCUAAAGUUCGAUUUCGGAAACAUCCGGUUACUCUAGACUCUAUUUUUUCUCGUGAUAGCAUGCUCCCGUUUCACUUCCCUCGCAUUUCAUUUGAAUUACGGCCAUUUAUGCAAGUUAGCAACACCGGCUUUUAUCCAUUCGAAUGCAUGAAAAACGAUCGAUACUUAUCGAGACAAGUCGUUUCACAUGGGUUCGAUUUCUUUUAAUGGAUUCAAAUGGAGAAAAAAACAAUGUUACGAACUUUAAGAAUCGGCACAGUAUCGGAAAGACGCGAUUUAUGCAUAGCGAAUCAAUAUUUCAUGAAACAUAUUCAUCCAUUUGAUUCUGUGUACAAAAUGCUUAUUUUAUGCAAAGUUUGGCAGUACGAGAUAUAGUUAUUCUGGCGGCGAGAGGGAACUUUGUCCGUCCACAGGGAGAACUGGAAUCCAAGUGGAAUGUUUUCAGCCACGUCAAGAUUAAAUACGAAACUGCUAAUCCAACCAAUGGUCGUGGAAUGAAUUCGGAUUGAGCUCCACUAAAGAGAAAUUAUCCCAUUCUACCGGAAAUAUGUAUUUAGCUUUGGGAAUAUAAAUUGAUUUAGGAUCAAUACUAUGAAGUUAGAGAGGUUGGAGCUGAAGUAUCAACUUUUUUCUAACCUUUCUGAAAGCCAUUACUCUUAAAUUUUGACUAAGGCUCUAUAAAAUAUCUUCUAAUUUUAAUAUUCCUGUGUGCGUUGGAGUCUUUGCCAGCAUAUCUCUGUGGCUCUGUUCAUUUUACCGGGAAACACUUAUUUCUUUUCAAAAUUCUCUUGGCACUAAAAUUGAACUGAUAUUAGCGGACAACAGGCUCAAAUCUAAUAUGCGAGAGUCUAGUACUAAAGAUCAGAAUCGUAGGAUCAGGGGAAAAAUUAUUUUUACAAUUUAAGAACCCAAAUUCUCAAAACACAGUGUAGAUUUUUUUUCUUUUUAGUGGACCUCAUCCUAUUGGUGUAGGGGUCUUAUAAGCAAAGUGUGUCGUGGAAAACCUUUCCUUUUAUUCAAGGGACAACAUUUGAAGCGACGAUGUAAAACUGUAUGAUUAGAAAUCCAAAUUUAAAGUUAAAUUUGAUCCAAAA